AUGCCUGCAAACUCCCUCCCAGACCCUAGUCUGAUGUUCCUCUACCUGUGCCUGAUCCACUCGGACUACACCAAGAUCGACUUCAAAGCCGUCGGCGCCGCAACAGGCCUGAAAGGCACCGCCGCACGCAUGCGCCACUCACGCCUGAAGAAGCUUAUCGAGAGCGGGAUGAUCAACGGCAAAGUUAAUCUGAAGCCUACCGACGGAGCCACUGACGGCCUUGCUUCGUCCCCUACUCCUGCUUGUACCACUAUGGGCGCCGGCGCGGGCGAUUCGACUGAAGAGGACGAGGAGAUGGUCUCCGCUCCUGCAUCUCCGCAGAAGAAGAGGAAGGUGGCUACGCCUAUGGCAAAGAGCAAGAAGUGUGUUGAGAAGAGUUUGAAGAAGAAGAAUGUAAAGGCCAAGGCCAAAACGGUCCAGGAGGAUAGCGGCAUUGAGGAGGCCACUUAUAAUCUCAUGGAUGAGGAGAUUUAG